GGGGCGUGUCGGGGCUGACCCGCGGGCUGUGUGGGGCUCAGGGAGCUGAGGGACGCGGGUCUGGGGGUGGGAGGGCGCCGUCUUGGGGCCUCAGAGGCCGGGCGGGGGAGAUGGCGGCCCGAUGGAGCAGUGAGAACGUAGUGGUGGAGUUUCGCGACUCCCAGGCAACUGCAAUGUCUGUGGACUGUCUUGGGCAGCAUGCAGUGCUUUCUGGACGCAGAUUCUUAUACAUCGUUAAUCUAGAUGCCCCUUUUGAAGGUCACCGAAAGAUCUCUCGCCAGAGCAAAUGGGAUAUUGGAGCUGUGCAGUGGAAUCCUCAUGACAGCUUUGCGUAUUAUUUUGCAGCUUCGAGUAACCAACGGGUUGACCUUUAUAAGUGGAAAGACGGCAGUGGAGAAGUCGGCACAACCUUGCAAGGCCAUACUCGUGUAAUCAGCGACUUGGACUGGGCAGUGUUCGAGCCAGACCUGCUGGUUACCAGCUCUGUGGACACCUACAUCUACAUUUGGGAUAUCAAAGACACAAGGAAACCUACCGUUGCCCUAUCUGCUGUGGCGGGUGCCUCCCAGGUCAAAUGGAAUAAAAAAAAUGCUAACUGCCUUGCUACCAGCCAUGACGGUGAUGUACGGAUAUGGGAUAAGAGGAAACCCAGUACAGCAGUGGAGUAUCUAGCAGCCCACCUCUCCAAAAUCCAUGGCCUGGACUGGCAUCCAGACAGUGAGCACAUUCUUGCUACCUCCAGUCAAGACAACUCUGUCAAGUUCUGGGAUUACCGCCAGCCUCGGAAAUACCUCAAUAUUCUCCCUUGCCAGGUGCCUGUCUGGAAGGCCAGAUACACACCUUUCAGCAAUGGAUUAGUGACCGUGAUGGUCCCCCAGCUGCGGAGGGAAAACAGCCUCCUCCUGUGGAAUGUCUUUGACUUGAACACCCCAGUGCACACCUUUGUGGGGCACGAUGAUGUGGUGCUGGAGUUCCAGUGGAGGAAACAGAAGGAAGGGUCCAAGGAUUACCAAUUGGUUACGUGGUCCCGGGAUCAGACCUUGAGAAUGUGGCGGGUGGAUUCCCAGAUGCAGAGGCUUUGUGCAAAUGACAUAUUAGAUGGUGUCGAUGAGUUCAUCGAGAGCAUUUCUCUUCUGCCGGAGCCAGAGAAGACGCUGCAGACUCAAGAUACAGAUCACCAGCACAACUCAAGCCAUGGGGAGGAAGAAGCCUUAAAGGAAGAUCCCCCUAGCAGCCUCCUGGAAGAGAAGAAAUCAGAUCAAUUGGGCUUGCCUCAGACGCUACAGCAGGAGUUCUCCCUGAUCAAUGUGCAAAUCCGGAAUGUCAAUGUGGAGAUGGACGCGGCGGAUAGGAGCUGCACGGUGUCUGUGCACUGUAGCAGCCAUCGCGUCAAGAUGCUGGUGAAGUUCCCCGCGCAGUACCCGAACAACGCUGCCCCUUCCUUCCAGUUUGUCAACCCCACGACCAUCACAUCCACCAUGAAAGCUAAGCUGCUAAAGAUCCUCAAGGACACGUCCCUGCAAAAAGUGAAGCGAAACCAGAGCUGUCUGGAGCCCUGCCUACGCCAGCUUGUCUCCUGCCUCGAGUCCUUUGUGAACCAGGAAGACAGUGCUUCCAGCAACCCGUUUGCACUCCCAAACUCCGUCACACCCCCCUUGCCAACGUUUGCGCGGGUGACCACUGCCUAUGGGUCGUACCAAGAUGCCAAUAUCCCCUUUCCUAGGACUUCUGGGGCCAGGUUCUGUGGAGCAGGUUAUCUGGUGUAUUUCACAAGGCCCAUGACCAUGUAUCGGGCAGUGUCUCCAACAGAACCUACCCCGAGAUCUCUCUCAGCCUUGUCUGCUUAUCAUACUGGCCUGAUUGCACCAAUGAAGAUCCGCACAGAGGCCCCUGGGAACCUUCGUUUGUACAGCGGGAGCCCCACUCGCAGCGAGAAAGAGCAGGUCUCCAUCAGCUCCUUCUACUACAAGGAGCGGAUGUCUCCUCGCUCUGCCCGGCGACGUUGGUCCAUACAAGCAAUUAACGACUUCCCGAAAUCACGGCGAUGGAAAAGUAAGCGAGAGGGAUCAGACUCUGGCAACCGGCAGAUCAAGGCUGCUGGGAAGGUCAUCAUCCAGGAUGUCGCCUGCCUCCUUCCUGUGCACAAGUCACUGGGAGAACUGUACAUAUUGAAUGUGAAUGAUAUUCAGGAAACAUGUCAGAAGAACGCCACGUCUGCCUUGCUUGUUGGAAGGAAGGAUCUUGUCCAGGUCUGGUCGCUGGCUACGGUAGCUACAGAUCUUUGCCUUGGUCCGAAGUCUGACCCAGAUUUGGAAACACCCUGGGCUCGACAUCCAUUCGGGCGACAGCUGCUGGAGUCCCUGUUGGCACAUUAUUGCCGGCUCCGGGAUGUUCAGACGUUGGCUAUGCUCUGCAGCGUGUUCGAAGCCCAGUCUCGGCCCCAGGGAAUACCAAACCCCUUUGGGCCCUUUCCUCACCGUUCUAAUCUUGUGGUGUCCCAUAGUCGAUAUCCUAGCUUUACUUCCUCUGGUUCCUGCUCCAGUAUGUCAGACCCAGGGCCCAACACUGGUGGCUGGAACAUAGCGGGAAGAGAGGCAGAACAUGCAUCUUCACCCUGGGGAGAGUCUUCGCCCGAAGAACUGCGCUUUGGCAGUCUGACCUACAGCGAUCCCCGGGAGCGAGAACGGGACCAGCACGAUAGAAACAAAAGGCUCCUGGACCCCGCCAAUACCCAGCAAUUUGACGACUUUAAGAAAUGCUAUGGGGAAAUCCUCUAUCGCUGGGGUCUGAGGGAGAAACGGGCUGAAGUGCUGAAGUUCGUCUCCUGUCCUCCUGACCCUCACAAAGGGAUCGAGUUCGGUGUGUACUGCAGCCACUGCCGGAGCGAGGUCCGUGGCACUCAGUGUGCCCUCUGCAAAGGCUUCACGUUCCAGUGUGCCAUCUGCCACGUGGCCGUGCGCGGAUCGUCCAAUUUCUGCCUGACCUGCGGGCACGGUGGCCACACCAGCCACAUGAUGGAGUGGUUUCGGACCCAGGAGGUGUGUCCCACGGGGUGUGGGUGUCACUGCCUGCUCGAAAGCACUUUCUGAGCCUACAGACCAUGGGAGUUGUCAGAAAUCCCAGAGGACCCUGAUGGUGACAAGCUCUCUGCAAGGAGCCAGGCUCUAGAACCCGGGUUUGUCCCCAGCGAGACAGAAGUAUGUUCCCCGCAAAGCCUGCACACCAUCAGCUUCACUCGAGCCUUUGCCUUCUCUUGUCUGGCUGUCUGGCGUAGACAUCAGCGCAGGAAGAUGGGUGCACACGUGCGCAGCUGCACAUCACAUGUUGUCUGCGUCAGCCGAGCCACGAAGUAGAAGUUUUCGUGGGGAGAAGCACCUGCCUUCAGAGCCAACGUUAACCUUGAAGGUGUUAGCCUUAAACCACAGACGGCACCCUCCUGAUGCCAAUGCAGAGACCCAAGUCAGAUGUGAAAGGCAGUCUCCUGAGCCAAAGGAUAGUGGAUAUUAAUUUAAUUGACCACUGGGACUAUGACAGUGUGGCUUUAGAAGUUGGUACAUUUACCGAGCUGAUGGACAGUGGCCUUCUAAGAUAUGACAACUUUAAUUGUAAAUAUGUGAUGUACUUAAAGAUUCUUAAGAUGUAUUUUUUGGUUUGUUAUUUCUCCUCCAGCUGCUGUUCCUUGGCUAAUAAAAUUCUAGUCAUUGUUUUAAAAAAAUAAGAGAGAGAAAGUUGAA